AUGAAGUUCGCUUACAUCCUCUCUGCUCUGGCUUCCACUGCCAUUGGUGCCCCUGCCCUGGGCGGCUUCUCCGGCUUGUCUGGCGUGACCAGCGGCUUACCCGUCGUCGGCAACCUCCUUGACCUCAACGGACUUCUCGGUGGACUUCUCGGUGGACUUAUCGGUGGACUCCUUGGCGGCGGCAGCAAUGAUUUGCCCCUGGGUACCAUUAUCGGCUUCCUUGGACAGGCACCUGCCGGGACCACUGGAGUCGUCCCCUCCGGCCUCCCAUCUGGCCUCCCAUCUGGACUUCCCUCCGCCGUUCCUACUCCUUCCACCGGAGCCGUUCCCUCUGCAGCUCCCUCUGCAGCUCCCGCCACCGGCGCCGGCAAAGGCAAGCUCCUCCAGGACCUUGCCCCCGAGGUCAACAACAUCCUCGUCGUGACCGGCCCCAACGCCCAGCUCCUCCUCAUCCAGCUCUCCCCUGAAGUCACCGCCCUCGUCGCCGGUCUCGGUCUCCCUCAACUCGCCGCUCCUCUCGGUGGUGUUGUCGCUGCUGCCUCCAGCGUCGGUGUCCUCGUCAAGGACCUUGGCCCUGCCGUCCAGAAUGUCGUCACCGUUGUCGGCAAGGAUGGCGGUGCCCUCCUCAUCCAGCUCUCCCCUGAAGUCACCGGUCUCGUCUCUGGCCUUGGUCUCCCCCAGGUCGGCGUGCCUGUCGGUACCGUCAUUGCGAUCGUUGGUAACCGCGUGUAA